CCAUGGCCGCGGCCUCCCGCUCCUCCUCCUCCUCGCCGGCCGCGCCGCGGCCGGUCACUCACCUCAUCUUCGACAUGGACGGCCUGCUGCUGGAUACUGAACGUCUCUAUACAAUGGUAUUCCAAGAAAUCUGCGAGCGUUUUGGAAAGACCUACACAUGGGAAGUGAAAUCCAUGGUCAUGGGUAAAAAAGCCUUAGAAGGGGCACAGAUUAUGCUGGAUGUUCUAGAUCUUCCAAUGACCAAAGAAGAGUUACUACAUGAAAGUAAAAUGAAGCAGGAGAAACUAUUCCAUACUGCUGAACUGUUGCCAGGGGUUGAUAAGUUCAUCCGUCAUUUACACAAACACAGGAUACCCAUUGCUGUUGCCACUAGCUCAGCUGAAGUGACAUUUCAGAUGAAAACAUCCAGACACAAAGACUUCUUUGGUCUUUUUCAUCAUAUUGUGUUGGGAGAUGACCCUGAGGUGAAGCAUGGCAAGCCGCAGCCUGAUUCAUUUCUAGUUUGUGCAAAGAGAUUUGAUCCCCCUGCACCUCCAGAAAAGUGUCUUGUGUUUGAAGAUUCACCACUUGGAGUCAAAGGAGCAUUGGCAGCAGGAAUGCAAGUGGUUAUGAUUCCAGAUGAAAAUUUAAAUCCAGAUCUUAAAAAGGAAGCAACAGUAGUGCUGAACUCUAUGGAGGACUUCAAACCCGAACUGUUUGGUUUACCAGCAUAUGAUUAAUGCCUAACAUCUAUGAACAUGUAGUUGACUAGAGAUCAGGAAAGUGGAAUAAAAACUUGUUAAGAUUUUAUGAUGGUUUUGCACUUUUCCCCCCAGUCCUCACAACUAGAGCUGUUAACACCAAGUCUUCCAUACUGCUGUUAAAAUUGACUGGAACAUUUAUCAUUUGUUCUCCAUGAUGAAUACUGUGUUAAAGCAUCAUGUCUUCUUGUGAAGUGAAUCCAGCUUUGUUCUAUGCACAUCAUAAUGUUUUCUGGGAAUGCUCUGAAACUAUUUAGACAAUUUAUUGAAACUGCACUUGAAACUCCCUGUUUUUUUUCCAGUUGAAUGACUUGUUGUUUAGCUCUUAACCAGAAAUCUGUUCUCAGCUCACUCUUGUCCCAUUAUGUAGUUUUUGAUCCAGUUAUUGCUAUCAACACGUUUAUCCUUUUCCUCUUCCUAUGUGUGUCCAUGUAUUUCCUCUUGUAUCCCCUUGUUAUUUUUAUUACAAUUAUUUUUGUUGUUGUACUUUCCUUAUUUUCGUGUUUCUUUUUCUUGUAUGGUUGAUCAAGAUGGCUUCCAGAGGUCCCUUAAAAUUAUUCUGUAAUUCUCUCCUUAUCUUUUCUAACAGCAUGAAUGUUUGCAAGGAGUUAUGCAAUAAUAUACGAUACCAUCAAUCAAAAUGCUUUGCAUUCUUUGCUUUCUUUAUGUUUUGCU